AUGUUACAAAGUUUAAAAAAUGUUUUUUUUUCAGACACCACAACAACUACAACACCAACAACACCAACAACACCAACAACACCAACAACAACACCAACAACAACAACAACACCAACAACAACACCAACAACAACAACAACAUCAACAACACCAAUAUCAAAUCUAUCUAUUAAAAGAGACAUUGGCAAUAUAAAUGAUUAUAAGAAUGCAAACUAUUUUAAUUAUUACAGAAUAUUGGAGAAUAAAUAUAACUACCUUAGAUACAAUACUGGUUUAAAAAAUAUAUCAAACAAUGAAACAUUCAAAUUAAUUGAUUUUACAAUUGAUUCAGAAAUGAAUAAUACUUGCAUAACAUCAAAUUGGAAUCAAAAGUAUUCAAAUAAUUCAAGUACACCAGUUGAAGGUGUUUAUAAAAUUCCAUUAGCACCAUAUAGUGUAGUUUCAGGAUUCACAGUAGAAUAUCAAGAUAAAGUUUUCAUUGGUAAAAUUAAAUCAAAAGAAAAAGCACAAAAUCAAUACUCUGAUUCAAUCGCAAGUGGUGGCCAAGCAUUCCUCGCAGAGAAAACUCAAGAUGGUCAAUUCUCAUUUAGAAUCGGUAAUUUACCACCAAAUGAAAAUGUUACAAUUCAUUUAACAAUUAUUUCAGAAGUUUGUCCUCAUUUAUCAAGUUUACAAAAUUGCUUCCAUCGUUUCUUAUUCCCAAAUUAUUCAUUUAAUUUCCAAUUCAAUUUAAAUAUUAAAUUAACAUUACCAAUUAAAACUAUUGAAUUAUUAUAUUAUCCAAAUAAAGAUAUUAAAUUCAAAGAAAACUCUAAUAAUAAAGAAGCAACUCUUACAUUCUCUUCAAAUAAUGGUAUUGACGAUGAUAUUGUUUGCAUUGUUGAACCAGAGAAUGAUAUUGAAAGACCACAAUCAAUUAUUGAACAUUCAAAAUUAAAUAAUACAUAUGCAGUCAGUGUCAACUUUACACCAUCAUUCAGUCAUUUAACAUCGGAUGAUGUAAAUCAAAAAAGUGAAUUUAUAUUCCUCAUCGAUUGUUCAGGAAGUAUGAGUGGUGAACCAAUUAAAAAAGCAAAAAGAGCUUUAGAAAUUAUUAUUAGAAGUUUAAAUGAAAAUUGUAAGUUUAAUAUUUAUUGUUUCGGUAGUAGAUUUACAAAAGCAUUCGACAAUUCAAAAAUGUACAAUGAUGAAACAUUAAAAGAAAUUUCAGGAUAUGUUGAAAAAAUUGAUGCAGACUUAGGAGGUACAGAAUUAUUACCACCAAUCCGUGAUAUCCUUUCCACUGAAUCAGAUUUCGAAUAUCCAAGACAAUUAUUCAUUCUUACAGAUGGUGAAGUCAGUGAGAGAGAUAGUUUAAUAAAUUAUGUAGCAACAGAAUCAAAUAACACUAGAAUCUUUACAUAUGGUAUUGGAAAUAGUGUAGAUACAGAAUUAGUAAUUGGUUUAUCAAAAGCAUGUAAAGGCUAUUAUGAAAUGAUUAAAGAUAACUCAAAUUUCGAAGAACAAGUAAUGAAAUUAGUUUCAAUUGCAUUCGAACCAACACUUUCAAAUAUUAAAGUAGAUUGGGGUACAGAAUUACAAAUUGAACAAGGUCCAACCAAAAUUCGUCCACUUUAUUCAGGUGAGACUUUAAUUGUUUAUGCAUUAUUAAAAGAUAAUAAAAUUCCUCAAUCAACAGUACAAGUUUCAUUAAUUGGAGAUGGACCAACUGGUUCAAAAUUAGAAUUCCCAAUUACAUUAGAUUUCUCAAAAACAAUUGAUUAUGAAAAUAAUUCAGUUCAUACAUUAGCAGCAUUUAACAUUAUAAAAGAUUUAGAAGAAGUUGAAAGAAAAGGAAACCAUUCAAACAAUAGAGAUAGAAUAGAAGAACUAGGUAAAAACUAUGGAUUAAUAUCAAAGUAUACUUCAUAUAUUGUCACUGCAGCUUCAGAACAAGUAACUGAAGAAACAAUGAAAACUUUAAAUAUUAUUCAAAUACCAACAACAACAACAACAUCACACACAAACUUUGAAACAGAAGAAGAUUCCGAUGAUCUUUUCUCAUCUGAAAAUAGAAACCAAACACUUGCAAAUAUUUCCAAUGAUAUGGAAAAAAUUAAAGAUAUUUUUGAUGAUAUUUCCAGGUUAAUAUCAGAACAAAGUUGUAUGCUAAAUGAAAUAGGGGAUGCAAACAUUGAAGCAAGUACCUUAGGUAUAAAUUCAAUUCCUCAAAAAUCAAACAUCUUUUCAAAAAUUACAUCAUUCUUUUCAUCACCAUCUGAAGUUUCGACAAGUAAAUCCAAUUUUGAUAGUGAUAUUGGAUCAGAAGAAAGAAGAAAUAAUAAUAAUAAUAAUAAUAAUAAUAAUAUUAAUAUUAAUAAUAAUAAUAAUAAUAAUAAUAAUAAUAAUAAUAAUAAUAAUAAUAAUAAUAAUAAUAAUAAUAAUAAUAAUAAUAAUAAUAAUAAUAAUAAUAAUAGUGAUAAUAGUGACAGUUUAUUAAAAUUAAUUAGACUUCAAAAAGCAAAUGGAUCAUGGAGUUCACCAUUUAGUGAAUUCAAAAUUGAUUUAUCAAAGAAACCAUCAAACAUUGAUAACGAUGAUAUUUGGAUCACUUUAAUAGUAAUCAACAAGAUUCUUAAUGAUUAUCCAACUCAACAAUCUCAAUAUGACCUUGUAAUUCAAAAGGCUUCAAAAUGGGUAAAACAACAAUUGACAAGAUUAAACAUUCCAAAUCAAUAUGGCUCAUUAUUAGCUACUUCAAAAUUAUAUAUUUAA